AUGCUUGUGGAUUGGGUACUUGUUGGCGGUUGCGUCCGUCGAUGGGACAAUUGUGAUUUUCGAUGCUCGAAAAUGCUUAAUGUGAAUUCGACGCUAAGGUCCAGAUUGAAGCCACAAUGCUUCACCAUUGCCUCGAGUUUUGCAACAAGCUCAACACGCGAUUACUACAUGGUGCUUGGAGUCUCUCCGACAGCCACACAACGUGAAAUCAAAAGCGCUUACUACAGCUUGUCCAAAAAAUAUCAUCCUGACGUUGGAGGAGGGACGGCAACUGAGGCGAAAUUUGUGGAAAUCAACGAAGCUUAUGAGAUUUUAAGAGAUCCCAAUAGACGCAGAACUUAUGAUAACAUUCGGACAGGCGCCAGAGGACCUAGAUAUACUGGUGACAAUGGUUAUAGUGGGGAUCCGUUUCAGGAAUUUUAUCGUCGUGCCACUCAAGGAGAAUGGCAAUACACGUCACAAGGGGGCCGAAGUGGUCGUCGAUACACACAGGCAGAAUAUGAAAGAAUAUGGGAAGAAUUUCGACGACAAGCACACGCCAAUGAACAUCGAUCUGGAGAGUGGGGAUCCGCGCAGCAACGAAUAUGGGAAGAAUUGGCAAAGAAACGAGCUGAUAGAUGGAGAGAAUUUUCUAACAGAUAUCCCAAUGGACCUCCUGGUGGCUUUCAAUGGCAAUGGAGCUGGGGACCUGAUAGCAACGAAAAUCAACAAGCCCGACAUGAGAAAGCAAUUGAACGAAGGGAGUUCAUUCGAAAACUCGUUCUUGCCUACACGGUAGUCUUCGCGGUUGUGGUCUUCAUUCAAACGCUCAUGCACAUUGGAAAUGAUGGUCGGCAUCAGCACAACGGCAGAAAUAAACCAAAUGCUGAUGCGCAAGAGAAAGGAACCGUAUCGAGAAGUGUUCACGAUCAAAUUGAGCAGAUGAUGAGAGAAACGCCUGGAGCUCAAGCAGUAUGGCAACCGAACGCUUAUGGUGAACAAGGUGCUUAUCAAGUUGAUCCGUUGAGGCCAUCAUCGUCACCUUAUCCAUAUCCAUCCGAUCUGCAAACAAAUGAGGUCUCCGAUCGUCUUCCACAUGGCUUCCCGUCAUCUCAGCAAGCUUUUAAG